GACUUUUUAAAGUCAACAAUAAUAUUUGGAAAUUGAUUAAACGUUGAUAGUUCGUGCUAAAUUGCUGCACUCAUCAGUCUCUAUUACGUCUUUACUUUAAUAUUUCUGCUGUUAAUGUACAUUCAGGCAUGAAUGAGUAACUUUCGCGAAUUAUAAUAAAUUAACAACGGAAAAUGUCAGGAAAAAUGAAACUUCGCCUCAAAGGAGAGGCAUUCACUAAGCAAGUGAUAACAGAAUUCGACACUAAUUGUGUCACAGUUUCUGAACUAAAAAUUCGUGUCCAGGAAAUUUUGCAACUGAAUGAUGAAGAAUCUGUAGGGUCAAUACAGUUAAGCAUGAAUGGAAAGCAAGCUCUUUUGGCAGAAGACACUGAAUUGCUUUCUCAUUUAGGAUUUGUAUCUGGAGAUGCAAUUUACAUUCUAGGAACUUCAGGGACAAGAGCAGCAAAAUCUCUUAAAUUACAUCAUGAUAGCAGCCUUGAAAAUGAACAAACCAAUCCAGACAAGCCAACAGUUUUGAAUUCACUUCAUCAGCAGGAAGAAGCAAGUUUUAAUGCUACCGUCACAAUGACUCAGAAUAAAGGGGAUAAUACUGAAGAUUUAGAUGACAAGUGUGGGGCUAUUGAGAAACAUCAUGUACCUUUGUCAGAUACUCCAGAUCAGUUGAUUCCUGAAUCCUUUACAGCAUUGAUUGCUUCAAAUUCACCAAACCUCCUGUUUGAAUCCAAUCUUGAGAAACUAGCUUGUUUACUUCACAUUCUAAUGAUAGAAACUGGAUUUGAACCACAAACUAGCGAAAGCUGUUCAGACCCAUUUUGUACAUUACCUGAUUCAUGGAAGGUGACUAAUGAAACUCUGAGACUGAACUACAAAACAAGAUCGCAAUCUUCUUCAACCAUCGUUCUUUCAUCUAUGGGGCCGCUUGUUAUUGUUCUUGGGAUUGGAUCUGCAGGAAAGAAUAUGUCGUUGAAACUUAAACCAAAAGAUUUCGUGCCUCCUGUAGGUGGUAAACAACUAAAGCAACUGUCAAUUGAUUUUAAGAAUGAAAUAGCUUUUCCGCUAUACGUUCACACCGAAAGAGAAGCGAAUGGCGAAUGCCCUGCGCAUUUGUCCAACAUGCCACCAGAAAUCUUAAGUAACAUACUUCAGAGGCUUGAUUUCAAAAGCAUAUGCAGAAUGGCGAUCACAUCCAGGCUAUUUCAGCAACUAGCAAGUGAACCCAGACUUUGGAAACGACUUGUCAUGAAGUAUUUGGGGGUAAAGUUCUCUACCCACCCAGCGCCAAAUACCUUGAAUUGGAAACAAUUUUAUAAAGACGAAUAUUUACUUGAAAAGAAACAACAAGAAGUGUCAAGAGCAAUUCGUGCCUAUCCAACAAUGCCGCGGCUUCCUCAAUCAUUCUUUCCUAGUCCGCGUGUUUAUCCCGAUGGCUUGGGUGGACACGAUUUUCCUGGUAUAGUUGGCGGCUAUUCUGAUUUAUAUCCAGAUUUAAGAGGCUUUGGACCACCAGGACGUAGACUUCCCUUUCACGAUGGAGGAGGAGCAGGAUUCCCUCGACCUUUUAAUAGAUUCCGCGGAUUUCCACCAAUUUAAGUUUAAGGUAGAUCCCUACUUUGUUCGAAACAUUCUUUGCAUGUUAAAUCUGCAUAGGCCUAUUGGUUUGGUUAGAAAGUCUUUGAUUAUCAUUAACUUCAAGCAAACUGUUUCGAUCAUUGAAGGAAAUAAUUGGCAGACGUUACGUGGAAGAAUUUUCCGCAUCCCCACACUAUUCUUGCAUUUUUCAAUAAUUCAAUAAUAUAAUUACUUUAAAAAUGGGAAAACGAAAAAAAGUGAUAAACGAAAUAUUGAUAAUGCGUUUUUUUUCGCAAUGGUUCUAAAUUUGAAAACGAUUUCAAAUUCAAUUUGAAAUGUAACUAUUAGGGGAAAGAGAGCUGCGUGAUCGGCGUGAUAAAAUUCUUUAUUAGAGGGAAACGGAAAGCUGGGCAUAGCGAUCCGUCCCACCAUGUUUAAUUUCUCUUAAGAGCGGGGCUGGGGGGGUGGGGGGGUGGGUAUCAGCUCUUUUUACUAAAAGGUCGACGCCACCAAACGGGUGUGUAUGCGUAACAUAAGUUUUAACGUAAUAUAAUAAGAAAAAAUUCACAAAACC